AAACGGAGUACCUAUGGUGAAAAGUAUGCUUUGAGCUAUUUGCUCUUGGAACCAACGGUCGUCCUGUCAGCGUCAUUCCACUCCUAGGCACAGGGCUGAAUAGUUACAUCGAACUCAUCAUGUUAGAGCCUCGGCAAUUGUGCCUAAUUAUGAUAUUGUAGCUUGCGAUAGGCGGCAGCCUGAUUGUAUUUGCUCGACGGCAAAGUUGGAAAUGCCAAGCCGCACAUUCCGGUUCACGUCAUAUAGAGAAAACAGCUGAGCAUGUUUAUGGAUAUGAGCCACAGCCACGAUGGUUUUGCCCUGGGCUUUGUCGAGAGGUCCGCGCACCUCGAGGAGUACACACGGAUGCGACCAGCAUCUGCCGGCAGUCGGCCGCGCAGUUUACUUAACAAAGUUGCGAACGCAGCGGCAGCCGCGCAGGCAGACGACGACCCGGAGCCCGCGGACGCAGAGCCCUGGGUCUUAGAAGGCUGGGGUGACGGGCCUAGCGUGAGUGAGGCAGCCCAGCAAGCGGCGCUCAGGUUGGCUCCGUACGCAAAGAACGUGCCCACCACGCUGGUGGGUUUAGGAGCAGGGGGGCGGCGCGUCCUCAGCGCUGGGCCCCAGGGCCGGAGCAGCCCGCUUAAGGUGUCGGAGGCGAGGCGCAAGCCAGGGCCUGGGCCUCCUCAUGCACAGGGCGACCGCCGCGCAUCGGGUCCAGCUGGGCUCGCCACGGCGACCGUACGCCGUGCUCCGCCCCUGCGGGACCUAGACGUUGGCGACGAAUCAGAUGUGGAGCCAGACACCGCAGCGGCUGCGGGCGCAGGGAGCACGUCAGGGUACGCCCACACACUCGUGCAUGGGCAGCCCCCUCGCGGCGGCCCGGGGCAGCGCGGACCUCCCCUGGCGCCAACAGCUGCCACCCGGCAGUACCACGUGGCCCUGGCGCAGCAGGCCAUGCAGCACCCGGGGGGCAUGGCGGCGCGGAUAGGCCGCAGGGACAUCGCCUCCCCCGCUGCUCCCGCGGCUGCUCCGCAGCCGCUAUGGGGCACCACAGCUAAUGAAGCACCGUCAAACUCGCCGCGCUACCGGAGCUUGUCGGCCGAGGCCUACCAUAACAGCUCCGGAGGGGCCGGCACCGGCGCCGCCGCUGCCGCCGCCAGCAGCAGCAGACCAGGUGCACCUCCCGCACUGCGUGGAGGCGCAGCAGCCCCCUCUGGUGCAGGCGCACCACCCCCGCACCCUCAACAGCACACGCAUAGCCACCCACCACUGCCCCCGCAGCCCCCGCACGGGCAUUUAGACCCACUCAGCCCAACUGCCAGCCGCAAUCGCGGUGCCCCAGGGCCCAGCGACCCUGGAGUACCUGCGGACGGCCGCAACCGCAGCAGCGAGUGCCAACCGCCGCUUCGCUCCUCAUCCUUUACUUCCUACGCCCAGGCAGCCCUAACAACAGGCUUAGACAACAUUGACAUCAUAUCGGCCCACCUCGCGACCUCUGUCAAUGCCUUCACCACCGCAACACCGGCACAGCUUCAACAAGCCCAGGCUGCAUCCCAGCGGUCAUCCUCACCAAAUUCAUCCACGGCUGGUGCGCAGGUGCAUCCACCACCGCCGCCCCUGCCAGGGCUCUUCCCAAGCGGCCGCAAGAUAGGCUCCUUCCGAGCGGAUACCGGGCUUUGCGGCUGGGACCCCGAGGGGCCAUCCAUGCAGGUGCAGCAAAUACAGCUGACCCCAGCGCAGGCCGCUUCCAACGUGUCGUUAUGGAUAGGGCCCAUGGCGCCGGGGACGGGCACAUCUGGACUCCAGGUGGGCACGGUAUCGUCCGGCCGGGGCACCUCCAUGCCUGGGAACAACCAACCGCCGCACCGGCGGGACCAACUGCCUAGCAAC